AUGGGUAUAAAAGGCCUUCUCCCCAUUGUUUCGCCCUGUCUGAAAAAGCGGCACAUCUCAGCAUUCAAAAACCAUAGGAUAGGAAUCGAUGGCCACUCAUGGCUGCACUGCAUACUUCCCUCGAUCGCGCUGCAGCUGUACAACAACGUAAGGACGCACCUGCACCAUGACAUAUUCCUGAAGAGAAUACAGGGCGUGCGCAAGCAUGGCGUAAUACCUGUAGUUGUGUUUGAUGGGGACAGUUUGCCGUCCAAAUGCGUUAUUAACGAGCGCAGAAGGACCAAGAGAGAAGAGGCGAGGAGAAUGGCAGAGAUAGAAAUGAGCAAAGGCAACGUAAGGGAUGCCAUGCGUUACAUGGCAGGGUCGAUCAGUAUCAGCAGAGAAAUGGUGGCAGAGAUUGCUCAGUUCUUAAAGCAAAAUGACGUGGAGGUGAUCAUAUCGCCGUACGAAUCGGAUGCACAGCUUUCGUACCUGCAGAGAAUAAAUUACAUACACUCCAUAAUGACAGAGGACAGCGAUCUGAUCGUGUAUAACUGCAAUAACAUCCUGUACAAGUACGCGAAUAACCACGUGAUGCACUACGAAAGAAGCGUGUUCAGGGAAAAAAAUGACUUUCUGUGCGAUAAUUUGCUUGAUGUGUGCAUUCUGAGUGGCUGUGAUUACCUGGAGAAUGUGAAGGGCGUGGGCAUCAACUCGGCAAUAAAGCUGAUGAAGAAGCUACGCAGUGUUGAACUGGUGGUGAACGAAAUGAGGAGAACAAAAAGCGUUCCUGAAAGCUACCUCAGCAAUUUUAUUAAGGCAAGGCUUACCUUCAAGUACCAGGUUGUGUAUGACCCUGUGAAAAAUGAGCGUGUGUACCUGGACGGAUCAAGUAACAGCAGGAAUUAUGAAUUCCUGGGAUGCAUCAGUGCAAAGAUCGGUCAGGCUGUGUGUGCGAAACAGGAAUACCUUAGCUACACUGCGGCCACUUCUCAUGAUGAGCAGGCCGUUAAACGUGAAUUUAUUGGUGGCGGAGUUGAUCUAAAAAUUGCUCACAGAGAGAACGCGAGAGAAUGUGCUGUCUAUGAAGUAAAUGGCCGUGUUAACGGUAGAAGUACCGUUACGUGUGUGGAAACAAGUACGGUUGCUCAUCACAUCAAGGACAGCAGCACGAUACAGGUGUGCAUAAGUCCCAAGAAACACGCAGCAAAGAAUUACCGGAACAAAAUGAUAGAAAGAAUGGCGGAAAGAAAGGAAAAUAAAUGAAAGUGCAC